AUGACUCUAUAUUCAUUUAUACCUGAGACUGUUAACACCUGCAUCUAUCUAUCUGCCUAUUAUCUGAUAUCUAUCUAUCUAUCUAUCUAUCUAUCUAUCUAUCUAUCUAUCUAUCUAUCUAUCUAUCUAUCUCAUUCUAUUCAUUCAUCCAUCUAUCUAUCGCAUUCUAUUCACUCAUCUAUCUAUCUAUCUAUCUAUCUAUUCAUUCAUCCAUCUAUCUAUCGCAUUCUAUUAACUCAUCUAUCUAUCUAUCUAUCUAUCUAUCUAUCUAUCUAUCUAUCUAUCUAUCGCAUUCUAUUCAUUCAUUCAUCUAUCUAUCUAUCUAUCUAUCUAUCGCAUUCUAUUAACUCAUCUAUCUACCUAUCUAUCUAUCUAUCUAUCUAUAUAUCUAUCUAUCGCAUUCUAUUAACUCAUCUAUCUAUCUAUCUAUCUAUCUAUCUAUCGCAUUCUAUUCAUUCAUUCAUCUAUCUAUCUAUCUAUCUAUCUAUCUAUCUAUCUAUCUAUCUAUCUAUAUCUAUUCAUCUAACUCAUCUAUCUAUCUAUCUAUCUAUCUAUCUAUUCAUCUAUCUAUCGCAUCUAUUCAUUCAUUCAUCUAUCUAUCUAUUAUCUAUCUAUCUAUCUAUCUCAGUCAUCUAUCUAUCUAUCUAUCUAUCUAUCUCUUUCUGGCCAUUGCUUAUCCAAUUUAGUUUGUUAAAAUAUAUUUUUCUAAAAACUGAAACCACAAAUCAAUUUUCUUUUUCUUUCGUCUUUCACUUAUUCUGUCUUUUUAAAAAUUUUCUUUCAAAUUUGUUUCCUUUUUUCUUUGAGAUUCUGAAACAUUUUUCUUAA